UCUAUCUGGCGGAUGUUUGUUCUCUACAGAGAUCAGGUUGUAGGAAGGUAUAGUUGAGCUUAGCACAUGCACACGAUCUUUCAAAGGAGAACUCGCUUGUUUCGAGGAAAGAAAAGGUUUUUAGAGUUGUAGGAUAAAAGUACAGUUUUGGGCAUGGCAUCAGAUCUACUGACAGACUUGCAGGAUGACCUGGCAUCUGAUGACCCAGCCAGCACCUUGGAGCAACUUAACCUCUCCCCACUGGAAGACAAGAAGUGGCCCUCUGACAAGGUGUUUGAAAUGAGCAAGUCUGAAACAGACUUUUCCAAAGGGUUGGAUUCUAAAUGGGACGACCCUUACUAUGACAUUGCAAGACAUCAGAUUGUGGAAGUGGCAGGUGAUGAUAACUAUGGCAGGAAAGUUAUUGUGUUCAGUGCCUGUCGGAUGCCCCCAAAUCAUGAGCUUGACCAUCACAAACUGCUGGGGUACCUAAAGCACACUCUGGAUCAGUACGUUGAAAGUGAUUACACACUUAUUUAUUUUCACCAAGGACUCACCAGUGAGAACAAGCCAUCCUUAGCUUGGCUCAGAGAUGCAUAUCGGGAAUUUGAUAGAAAAUAUAAGAAGAAUAUCAAGGCCCUCUACAUUGUCCACCCCACCACUUUCAUCAGAACGAUACUUAUUCUGUUCAAACCGUUGAUAAGCUUCAAGUUUGGACGGAAGAUUUUCUACAUGAACUACUUGAGUGAGUUGGAAGAGCACGUGAAAUGUGAACAGCUUGUGAUACCCCAACGGGUGAAAGUCUAUGAUGAAAAGAUCAGAGCAACACUGAAGUUCCAACCUCAGGGUCAGAAACCAGCCCCUCCAAGACCCCCGCUGCCAAACCAGCAGUUUGGAGUUCCUCUUGCACAACUGUGGGAGAAGAGCCCUGAUAAAGAAACAAUCCCUCUAGUUAUGAGAGAGACGAUCGGCUAUUUGAAGGAACACGGUAUGUAUACAGAAGGAAUAUUCCGGAGGUCGGGCAAUGUAAAUUUGGUCAAAGAAAUCCAGAAGAAGUAUAACACUGGGGUUCCAGUAAGCUUCUAUCAGUAUGAAGAUGUUCAUCUUCCUGCUGUGAUCCUGAAGACAUUCCUUAGGGAGCUCCCAGAGCCACUCCUUACCUUUCAGCUCUAUAAUGACAUUGUCAACUUCCCCAAUCUCGAAGAAGGUACAAAAGUCAGAAUUCUCCGUAGCAUAUUAGGGACCCUUCCAAAGGAGAAUUAUGCGGCUCUCAGGUACCUCAUUCAGUUCCUGGCGCAGGUGUCUGGCCAGUGUGAUUCUAAUAAGAUGAACAACAUGAAUCUCGCUGUGGUGUUUGGACCCAACCUCCUGUGGGGGAAAGAUGCUGCCAUGACACUGCAUGCCAUCGGACCAAUCAACAACUUCACAAGGAUGCUGCUGGACAAUCACAAGGAGAUCUUUGAGGCGGGCAGUCCUUAACUCCGUGCCUCGGACACAGUACACCUUGUCCCUCUCCUUUUGUAAAUGCCAAAUGCACGUUGUUUCAGUUGGUUUGGGGGGUAUAUUAAAGAAUGCAAUGGCUGGUUACUGAUGAAAGGGUUUGUAUUGAGGGGUAACAUAACUAAGAACAGACUGUGGACAGACAGCAAGGAAGAAAAAAAAAAUAACCAGGAAGCAGGCUUCCUUUUAUCUUAGCAUCUGAAAACAUGGUACGUAUUUUUAUUCCAGUACUAUUUAAAGCAGUGGAGUGCGACCCAGUGUUGUUCUUGUUUUAAAUAAGUAGCAUGAUGGAGAUAGGUAGGACUCGUAAUAAAGCUUUGAAAAGGGUUAUGCUGUGACUGCCAAAGAAGGUACUUAGGAAUGGGAGGAGUGGCAUCUGAAAACAUGUUUUUUUUUUUUUUUUUUUUUUAUCUAAUAUUAGCAUAACACAUACAUACACACUUAAGUACCACUUUUUCCAUGCACAGGCCUCUACUGGAGUCACAUACAGUGCUGCCCAAUUUUUCAUGCUAUAGUUGUGAGCUACAAGGGCACAUGCUAAUGAAAUGGUAUGGGUCUAUUGGGGGCCACAAACAGGCAGUAUAAUGGGUGAGCACUGUACUGCAUUGCUCUAUACAGCCCAGAAAAUUGCAGAUUGGAAAAUGCAGUCCAUAGAGUGCUUUUAUUUACGUGAUGCUUUACAUUGUGUAUUUGCAGUUUUUAAAGGGCAGUUUUUAUAUAUUUUGAAUUGAAUGUUUCUACAUACUAAGUGUAGAAAUACAUAUUUUAAUGUCACUUUAAUUUUGAAAACACAAGUUCUUAAGUGUAUUCACAUACUGGUUUUGAAUUCCGUAAAUAACAAUGCUUUUUAAAUUUUUUUUUUAAUCUUUUGUAUUUACUGCCAAAUAAAAUGUUUUGUUCAAUUAGUAAUCAUUUAUUUAUUUCCCAGUUGAACUUGUCAUGUGUUACCAAUUAUCUGUAUAAUUAGAAGCAUACUGCCCAUAAGAAAAUUCAUACAUUACAAACAAUAACAAGGUUUCUUUUUUUCCCUAAAUAUUUUAGAUUCUCAUUUAAGGGUACAAAUCUGGUUUCAGAGACUUCUAAAAUAUACAAAGAGAUUGCACAGAAAUGCAUAUGAAAGAGCUGCAGUACUGCAAGUGUUUAAAAAUUUGGUGGUGUUGCAAUUGGUACUAAGAUAGUACAGCACUAGCUAGUACUCCAUUUAAAACAAAACUAAAGAGUAAAUCUGCAAGUCUGUUGCAAUUGACCACUGAUGGUAAACUGGCGAUGUUCAUUCUUACUAAAGAUUUAGGAUAAGAAAUAAAACGCCAGUGUGCUCCUAAUUUUAUGAGGUUAUGAAGGUUUUACAUUUAAGCAAAGUCAACAAUGGGAGAUAAAAGUUACUACGUGCAGAUGUAAGUGUGUUUAAAAGUUUCUUGCCCUUUGCGUACCAGUGGAGUACUGUAUAUUCAUUCUGUAUGUUCCUUGCUGAACCUGUGUGCUUCUUACUUUACUUCAGACCAUCAAGUCUUUGUUUAGCAUGGUAGUUACUGUAUAGGACUAGGUGGUAGACUGGGAUAAUUCGCUAAGCUUUCAUCACACAACUCCAACACUACACUCAUGCUCGGCACAGUUGGCACUGGGUACCUGUCCUUUGCAGGCAAUGUAGGAUUCAGUAGCCAUAGAGACUGCUCCCUACCCUGUUUUAAGAAAACAGUUAUUUAAAUGUUGACAGUACAGUACAUGGUAAAGUUUUAAGGGUUGAGGUGAAAAUGUUGUAAACGUUUUUUGUGAAGCUUUAAGGAUGUAGAUCAGGGUCUUGGUGAAACAGUAGUAAUGGUUGUGUGCCUUAUUUCAUGGAUUACAACACCAAACUUAAUUAAAAAUUAGGACUCUGUUACAAUACCAGAUGUAAUAGUAUUUUGUUGCCAAGUGGAUAUAUGUUUCGCAAACUAUUAUUUUGCAUUGUAAUGUGAACUUUAUAAAGAAAUAUGAAAUUUUACUUUUCUACUUCUGCACUGGAAAACAGCUGUUCUGUUCUUCAGAUCUCCUUAAGAAGCCAAUUCUGUACUGGCUGUUUUAUUCCCGAUUUGUUGUUUUCAAAAUUGGCCUUUUUAUGAUCUAUUGUGAAUUAUAAAGCUAUUAAAGAUAUAAACAAA